GAAAGAAUUCAACUUUCCCCUUCUUCUCAGAUUGAAUCUGCGUAAUUAGGGUUUCCAGAAUCCCCUCUGCUCAAGCACAUUUAUCCUGCUAAUCUCCAAUCGUCAGCGUUUCUUUCACCCGAUCGCCUCCCUCCGCAGUAAAUUCCCAAUUUUUAUAGUAGUAGGGUACCUCACAUGGAUCUGAAGGAUGGCAAAUGAUUCGCGUAUUAUCAGACCUGAAUUGAUGAAGCAGCUAUCACGUUUUGACAGAUAGUUGAGGUAGCGGAAUAAGUAUAUGCUAAUUCACAGUUUGACCUACUACUGUGGCUGUAGAUCUACGACUAUUGUGUUGUAGAUCGUGGUAGAACUACUUUCACAAAUCAAGAUCUAUAGUUUCUGGAUAAUUCAAAGUCGAUGCAUGGUCAGCUUCCGCAGUGUGGAGGGAGCAUCAUAAGAUUCAUAACCUUGGACCAAGUGGGCUUUCAAUGCUAAGUCAGCCUCCUGUGUAGUCAAUGGAUAAGCUCACAGAACGAGAAGGGAAAAUUACUUAUUUUCCUUUUUUCUUUUUAUAUUUUUAAGGGGUUGCCUUUUAAUUUCUUUUACUUAAUUUUUAUUUAUUUAUUUUCUGUGUUUUGAGGGUAAUUAGUUGAUUAGAAUUUGGCUAGAGUUCCAUAUUCAUAUCAGAACAUUAAAAACUUGAGUUUUCUGCCAUUAGUGAUGGGAAAGAAAGUAUGGUGGAAUGAAGAAGAGAAGGUUGUUGUGGAAAGUGUGUUGGGCAGUGAAGCAACUGAAUAUUUUGACUGGGCCGCUUCAAAUAACGUUUUGUCUGAGUUCUCUGCUUCUAGUGGAGAUCUUGGAGUGCAGGAGGCAUUGUGCAAUAUUGUUGAAGGAUCUCACUUGACAUACGCCAUUUAUUGGCAUGUUUCGAAGUCAAAAUCUGGUAGAUCAGCAUUGAUCUGGGGUGAUGGGCAUUACCAAGAACCUAAAGAAAGUGUUCAUGAUAGUCGUGGUAAUCACAAUGAUCAGAAACGAAUGGAAGGAGAUAGAAGAAAAUGGGUCCUUCAAAAGCUUCAUGCUUGUUUUGGGGGAUUAGAAGAUGAUAAUGUUGCCGCAAAGUUGGAUCAAGUUUCAAAUGUCGAGAUGUUAUACCUCACAUCAAUGUUUUUCGCGUUCCCUUUCGACAAGCCUUCUGUUCCUUCCCAGUCGUUCAAUUCUGAUAGAUGUAUCUGGGUAUCGAAUAUGGAUGGUUGUCUUGAGCGAUACCAGUCAAGAGCAUAUUUAGCCAAGUUAGCACAGUUUGAGACAGUGGCAUUUGUACCAACAAAAUCAGGGGUGGUUGAAAUUGCUUCGAGAAAGUCUAUACCUGAAAACAAGAGCAUCAUUAAGGCAGCCAAAUCUAUAGUGGUUGCCUUCAACUCAACACAGGCAAAACCUGUCCAGAAAGUAUUUGGCCAAGAUCUUAGUAUUGGGGGUUCACGAUCAGGUACUAUAAAUAUUAGCUUUUCGCCAAAAGUGGAAGAUGAUUCUGGGUUUUCUGCAGAAUCAUAUGAUUUACAAGCAAUAGGUAGUAACCAUGGUUAUGCAAAUUCAUCAAAUGGGCAUUGUGGUGAUGAUGGUGAAGCUAAAGUAUUUCCACAUCACGUGGUAGCUGGGGGACUGGAUCCACAAACAAUUAUAUCUGGAAUGGAACUCGGUAAAGAGGACUGUUUUUUCCUUUCGGACGAUCAAAGGCCUAGAAAAAGGGGGCGGAAGCCUGCAAAUGGGAGGGAAGAGCCAUUGAAUCAUGUGGAGGCAGAGAGGCAGAGGCGAGAGAAACUCAACCAGCGCUUUUAUGCGUUAAGGGCUGUAGUUCCUAAUAUCUCAAAGAUGGACAAAGCAUCUCUUCUUGGCGAUUCAAUUGCUUACAUCACAGAUCUUCAGGCAAAGAUCAGGGUUUUGGAAGCAGAGAAAGGGAUGGCGAAUACCAAUCAGCAACUAAAUCCUGUUCCGGAUUUUGAGUUUCAUGAAAGGCUCGAAGAUGCUGUUCUACGCGUAAGCUACGCUCUGGAGACUCACCCUGUAUCUAAAGUUGUAAAGGCGCUGAGAGAGCAGCAGGUGAUGGCACAAGAAUCUUCUAUCUCUAUCAACGACAAGGGCGAAGUCGUUCAUACGUUCUCCAUUCAAACAGGGAGUGGCGAUGGAGAACAGUUGAAAGAUAAGUUAACUGCUGCUCUCUUGAAAUGAUCCAGCUGCAAUUCUUACAAAUAUUGACUCUUAGAUACAUAGAAUCUAAUAAUAGACUAUAGAGCUUGUUGAUUUUUGUUGCAAUUAUCUUCACUAUUGAUAAGAGUCUAUGGGAUGUAUACUCUUUUUAUUGGA